AUUUUACUGAUUAACAAUCAAGGUCGGCGCGAGCGCGCGCAUACAAUUUUAUUUAUUAUAAUUGUAUUUAAUAUACGUGCGAGAUAAGAUCGUAUAUCAAAAUAUAUAAUACCUACACAUGAUUUUAUAACAUAUAUACAUUGUAAUAUACACGUACCUAUUGCAUAUUAUAUACAUACCUAUAUAAGUGUCGCACAUCAAAAAUAUACAUACACAUAUCGUGUUUAAUAAUAUUAACGUUAAUUAUAAUUUAUACGCACCUAACCUAUAUACCUACUUCGGUUACCUCGCUGUAUAGUCUGUUUUUUUUUAAUACUUUGUGCCGCCGCCGAGUCGCCCGCGUAUAGGAUACCUGUUAAUUAUUGCGCAGAACGACGUGACAUCAAAUCAUACAUCGAGAAUUUUUUGCGGGCGACCCGCGACGAAUCUCCCGGACCGUCGAAAAUGCAAAUCGGCGGCAGAACGUUCUAUCAGCUGCAAUUGUUAAUCGUUGUUUUCGGCGCCGUCGCCGCAGCGUCCGUGCACGGCUUGAGAAACGUCGGGCCCGAAGGUCCAUGCGAUCCAGGAGAAUUGGUGUUUGUUGGUUUUUGUAACUUGUGCUUGUGCAAUUCUCAGCGAAUGCCAAAUCAGCUUUGCGCUAAAUCAUGGUGCCGUGUUCAAACACCAUUACCACCCAGAAAUAGUAUACUGUAUUCAAUCACAAACAAACCAUUCACAUAACUAUCAUUGGUUUACCACCCAUGUUAUGUAUAAAUAUAUCACGAAUAACAGUUUAAAAUUUAAUAAAAUACAUAUAAAUUCAA